AUGAAGCUCUUGUGCUAUAACUGUCGCGGUUUGGGAAGUAUGCGAGCAGUUAGAUCUCUUAAGUCGCUCCUGCGACAAGCUUUCCCACAUGUCAUGUUUCUGAUGGAGACAUGUCAGCUUUGUGAUGAGAAUGAAAAAACAAGGUUGGAGAUAGGAUACAAAAACGGGAAAAGUUGGCCCACAGAUACCUCGAAUGGAGGACGAGCAGGAGGUUUGAGUAUUUGGUGGAAUGAUGAGGUUCAAAUUACGGUGAUGGAUCAUUCACAACACCACAUUGAUGACAAAGUGGUCGACGAGCUGGCUGGAGAGUGGCGUUUUACGGGGGUGUAUGGCUGGCCUGAAGGGAUCGAGAAAGAACGUACGUGGCAUUUGCUUCGCCAACUCGCCGAGCAAUGGACAGGUCCUUGGCUAUGUGGGGGAGACCUGAAUCAGGUGCUGUCAGAUUUUGAGAAAAAGGGAGGGAACCUUGUAGCUGAGGAGGAAAUGAGGGCGUUCUCGGAUUGCUUAGUGGACGUGGGGUUGCAGGACAUGGGUUUUUCUGGUUAUCCGUACACCUGGGAGAAUAGAAGAAGAAGUGGAGGGUACAUUGAAGAACGAUUGGAUCGGUUUCUUGCUAAUGAGGGGUGGCGGAAAAUGUGGCCGAAUGCUCGAGUCUCACACUUAGGCAGUACCCGAUCUGAUCACCAGCCUAUUUUGUGUGAAUCAUAG